GAUUCUUAGGGUUCAAGGGGGGCUCAUAGAACCAGAGGAGGACAUCAACAACAACAGCAGCAACAACAACAACAGCAGCAACAACAGCGGGGGUGGUGGGCGAUUAGGCCGCCUCAUCGCCGGCUGAGGCUGAUGGAAUCUCCUUGGCGAGCGAGCCGGUGCAGUGCUGGUGGAGCCAUCGUGCGUCCUCAGCCAGAGACAGAGCAGUCGUACAUGGAUAGUGUGUUUACAUUCAUACAAGAUGUUGUGCCGCAGGCAUAUGCAGGCAGCCCAGUAACAGAUGAGAAGGAGCGUGUGGUGUGGGUACGCUUUGAGAAGGCUGAUCUCAAUGAUGUGAGCAGAAACCCUGAGCUGUGGGAAGGCGGAGGAGGGGCAAGCACGCCCCCCCUACUGCUGAUGUUGGGUUACAACACUGGCAUGCACAUAUGGGGCCUGCCUGUCAGUGGAGAGGCUCAGGAGUUGUACUCGGUGAGGAGUGGCCCGGUCAGAUGUGCUCGCCUGCUUCCCACACCACACUCUGGCGUGGACAGUAAAGACCUGUUUGCAGACAAGCGGCCAUUACUAGCCACGUGCGAUGGAGCCUCAUCCACCGGGUCUCAGCCAUACUGCGGUGUGGAGGUACGCUCAUUGCGUACAGGAGAGGUGGUGAAAUCCAUUCAGUUCAAAACGCCCAUCUUUAAUCUGCAUGCCAACCACAGGGUGCUGGUGGUGGCAUUACAGGAGAAAUUGGCAGCUUUCGAUAGCCGUACACUCGUCAAGACCUUCUUUAUCACAAGUUGCUACCCCAGUCCAGGACCGAACCCAAACCCGCUGGCACUCGGGUCACGCUGGCUCGCUUAUGCUGACACUAAGGUUGGAGCGCGCUAUUUGGUACAGAGGCACCAGACGUAUGGUGGAGUGAGCGGAGAUGCUGUGCAGUCCUACACUGCCACUGUGAUCAGUGCUGCCAAGACAAUUCGCUCUGGCCUGUCUCUGUUUGGAGAGGCAGUCGGCAGGCUUGCCGGUGGGGUACGUGGAACGGGGAUGGGCCCGGGGGGCUGUGAGGAGGAUGGGGGUCCACCCCCUACACCACGCAGACAUGCACACCUUCCUGGGAUUGUCACCAUCAUCGACACUGAAUGUGUCCGGCAUGGGCAGGUGGAGGUUUGUGAAGAGGGAGAAGGGGAUGGGGUUGUGGCUCAUUUCCCAGCACACGACGGUACCCCAAUCUCGGCCAUGACCUUCGACCCUAGCGGGUUGCUGCUCGUGACGGCCGAUGCUCAGGGUCACGACUUCCACGUGUUCCGCGUGAUGGCUCAUCCGCUCGUGUCGGCGCAGGCUGCCGUGCACCACCUCUAUACGCUGCACCGCGGGGACACGGACGCACAGGUCCAAGACCUCAGCGUGAGCGACGACGGGCGUUGGGUGUGCGCCUGCACCCUGCGCGGCACGUGCCACGUCUUCGCCGUGUGCCCCUAUGGCGGCGUGAGCUGCGUGCGCACGCACACCACCCCUCGCGUUGCCAACCGCCUAAGCCGGUUCCAUAAGAGCGCAGGCCUCGACGAGAUGGGCCCAAUCUCCUUGCAGCUGCACCAAGUGCAACAGAUGCAGCUACAGCAUGGCGCAGGCGGGUCUGGGGCAGGUGGAGCCGGUGGUGCCGGGGCUGGCGUUGGCGCGGGGAGCCCUGCGCCCAGCCCAGGAGCGUCCCCUCACCAUGGCAAGCUAUCCAGGCAGGAGGUGCUUAGCAGCCGCUCCAGCUUCAGCUACGGGAACCCACGCUUGCCGCCCUUCCCCCACCCAGGCGUCACAAUUCCACUCGCGCAAGUCAAGCAACCGCUCACCCUGGGCUCGCUCACUACCGGGCCUGGCCUCUUUGCCACUGGCUGUCUGGCUAUUACACCACCCUGUAAGGGCGCUCCGCGCACGUCUCCCCAGCCAACGGGCGGCGUGCGUGAGGUGUGCGUGUCGGCGUGCUUCGCUCCCUCCCACUCCCCCUUCAACACGGCUGCGCACACCCGCGAGAAAGAGGCGCACGCAGUGGCGGGCUCGCUCUUUGUGCUGUGCUCCGUGGGCUCGCUCGUGGAGCACACCCUGGAGCCACACCCGGCGGUCGGCGUCACUCGCAUCUGUGACGACACGCCGCUUGAGCUGUCCUGCACCCCCAACGCCAAUUGGGGCAUCGCCAGGAGUACCCAUUGGGCCGAGCUGCGACCCCCAUUCCACACAACUCACCCCUUAAUGCUGGCAGCCGAUGCAGUACAGGACGCACCUACACUCCCUUCAGGAGUGUGUGCACGUGCAGGCAGGGGAUCCAGUGAGAGCCUAACAUCGGAGCCUGAGGAUGAAGAAGAUGAUGAGUGGCUCUCUCAGGUGGAGAUCGUGACCCACUCGGGCCCCCACAGGCGGCUGUGGAUGGGCCCCCAGUUCACUUUUAAGACCCUGCAACUCCCCCCGGGGCAGACCAUGCUGGUGUCCUCUAACUCCUCUGCACUGUUGUCGCACACCGUGCCCGAGAGCGCGCACGCUACUCAUGCCGCGCACGCUCCCCACUCGGACACACUGGAUGUGUGCAGCCUCAGACUACAGCCCGUGCGGUCUGAUCCAGUGUGCAUGCCAGCACGGGCCUCCACUUUGGAAAUCGAGGCUGGAUCAGGCAUGUUUGAGCUGGAGGUGUGCGGCAGCUGGCCAGAUGCACAGCACCGUGCAUGGGUGUGCGACCCCGGGGAUGAGGCAUUGAGGGAGAGGAUCGCCGAUGCGAUGAUGGAGUCACCGGGGGGAAACAUGCACACCACACGAGAGCUGCAGAGAGAGGGCAGCAUUGAGACACUCAGCAACAGCUCAGGCUCCACAAGUGGUAGUCUUCCCCGCCGAUACGACUCGAGCCUGCCCACUCUCUAACCACCCAAGCACUAGCACUCUGCUUUAUCAACGGGUAUACCAGCAACGUUUUGAGUCCACAGUCCACGAGCUAUUUACUGCUGCACUGCGAUGACAGCCCACUUUGAAGUAAUCACAUUUUAGCUACUGACAUGCAUCGCCACACUUACACAAAUCUGAAACCAAACCUGUCGAUGCGUACACGCACACUCAUAUAUAAGCAGUUGCACGUCAAUGCACAUUCACACGACAUAAUUUGAUGGACGCACUUUUAAAAAUCGCAAAAUGACUUAUUGAAGUGAAUGGGGAAAAAAUGCUUCAGCAGGCUGGUCAUAGGGUUGACUGUGACACAAUCAUCUAUUCAGAAGUGCUCCUAAAGUGUAAUGGAAAAUCUGAAGGUAAUGCUACUGCUAUAGGAGCUCUGCUGAGCAACUAUAAAGGGGCAUUUAGGUGGUGCUUUGUUGUUGAUUGGCACUUUAGACAUUAUGGGCCUUGUUACAUAUUGGGUGGAGUGUUGUUUGUACACUGGCCCUUCAUACUAAAAUGAAGGAAGUGUUUGUGGAACAAAUUUCAGUUCAACUUAUUAUACAAAGCUCUCUCCACACCUGUAGUUUUCAAAUCGGUGCAUUGUCCUUUAAACGUUUUUAUAGUUUACCCACAUCACUGUUAGAAGGGGUAGCAGGGUUGGCUCAGAGGUACCGUACUUAUCUCUUGAGUCCAAGGUUCGCCGGUUCGAUACCCAGCCUGGACCCUUGUACAGCAUCGUUGAGUGUGCCGUUCUGUGGGACGAUGCUAAAGUGGUUUGGUUCUGCACGCAAAAGGUUACCUUUUCACAUGACUGCAGUUGUGUUGAUGCAAAUUGAGCCCUCUUAAAUGUCUGUUUAAAUUCCUUCGGUUCGUAUUUCAAGCCAAAUGUACUUUUUUGUUCAGUUAGUCAAUUAUACUCAGCAGUGCUUGUCAGAUUAAGAAAAAUCAGGUUAUAUGCUUAAUCACUUUUAUGUUAAUUAAGGAAUAUUCCAUUAUAAUGCACGACUGGUCGUGACACUUCAUACCAUAUAUAUAAGUUUUUGAUGUAAAAUGAAAUCACAAUCGACUCAUUACUGAGAAUUAUUCUUUUGCUCAAGCCAUGACAGUUGAUAUGCAGAAAUUGUAGUAUUUAAAAUUAUUUUAACAUUACAGCAUAGUCACUGCUAAAAUUGAAAUAUAAAAAAGCUUGCACUUUUAAGUGUAAAAGAACAUGUUUUUAUGUUUGUUGCAUACAUAUAUGCUAUUGGCUAGUGAUGUGACUUUUGACAUCCAAUUCAAGUCCUUAUUACUAUAAAAUUAUUAUUUUCAUGCUUGAUUAUAUUGUGUGUUAAGCAUUAGGCUACAGUAUUAGUUAAUGUACAAAGUUAAUCUUUUGUGAAGUACAUGUCCUCCUGUUUAAUAGGCAUAACACUGGGUCUACAAAUGUCUUCAUUAGUUCUUUAUUCGUGGUGAUCUGGACAAAACUGCCAUAGCUGGGAGAACUACAUGCCUUGUAACAAGGUGAUGUUGACUCAUCAUUAGGUAUUGCCCUUUAAGAAGGGCAGCACUGCCCUUGGAACAAUAUGACCUCCCUUUCAGCCAAAUAUCUGUUCACCAAUCCUGACAGUGCCACUAAUGGAUGAUGCGGCCAAGUUAUACAUUACGCCCCUUUUGAAGCAUUGAGAUGGACGCUCUUGCCAAGUUAUAUAUUUGCAGAAGAAAUCUAAAAUAGACAUCGGGUGACAUUUGUUGCCUACCGUAAAUUCUUUCGAAGUGGCCGACCUGAUAGGGUUGGGAGGAGUCGCUGUUAUUGAGGAUUGGCCCAACACAUCAGCAUUGCUUUUAUCUCUUUUAUUUCCAAAUGAUAAUUGUGGCUAAUCCGGAGUCUUAAAAACACGUAUCAACUAGAGACUAGAGAUAGCAGGAGAGGAAUAGUACAAAUAUUAAAUAGCGAAGGGAAUAAUUGACUGGUUAAAAUAGAUACUUAUUUAAGGAGUUAAUUUAGUAAUAAGUUAUGUAUAUAGACAAUGGUAUUUCAUGUAAACAGUAAUAUCUAAACUAUUGAACGCAUGCUUCAAGUAAAUACAUAACGGGAAGAUUUGUAAUAUACUGUACUUUAUAUCCCAAUUGCCUUGAUUUUAAAAGACCACAUGCCCUACCCUGGUGAGUGCACAAGCAGACAUUUGCACACACAGUGCUGUGUAACAGUAACGUAGAUGUUAAUGAUAACAGCACUGCAGAUGACGAUAGUCCCAUGUAUGAACAUGCUCAAAUGUGCUGAGCACAUAUUCACGCUACUUUUGUGACUGCCGUGCUUAGUAUAAUUAAGCGCAUUUAUGUAUGUAAGCGAUUGCUAGGCGAAUGUGUGUGUGUGCGCGCGUUCGUAAGUGAUUGGACCAAUGUACUGUUUUGUCAUUGAAUAAUUAUCUGCUGUGUGGUUUAUUGCAUAUGUGUAAGUGGGUGGUAGGUGUGUUGGAUGUCCACCUGACAGUGGUAUCAUGACUUUCAUCCCGGGCAUGCAGGAACGGUGAUGUUCCUUUGUGCUGGAAUGGCUUCAGUAUGUUUACAGGUUCUCAGUGUAUGGCUUAAUGCAGCUGUGAGGAGCAUUCAAUGUCCUGUCAAUAAAUUCAUGGGAAAACUUACAAAGAAUUCUGAACAUUAUUGCAUGUCUGUUUGAUGUACCUUACCCCCACACAAUCCUGUUCACAGGACCAACCAAGAAGCCAAUUGUUUUGCUGUGGGAACAUUUAUUUAUA